AUGAAGCUGUGGAGGAGGGCUGCCGGAGCUCUCAAAGACCAAAACAGCAUAUUGGCCAUCGCCCUAUCCAGGCAAAGUCGGUAUCCGAACUCUGAUCUAGAGGCAGCAAUCAUCAAGGCCACGAGCCAUGAUGACAGCUACGUGGAUUACAGGAAUGCCCAGAGGGUCUUUGCAUGGAUACGCGCAUCUCCCGUGAGCCUGAAGCCCUUGAUAUGGGCUCUCACUACACGGAUGGAGAAGACAAGGAGCUGGGUGGUGGCCAUCAAGGGAUUGAUGCUAAUGCAUGGUGUUUUCUGUUGUAAGACCCCAGCCGUACAAAGGAUCGGAAGGUUGCCAUUUGAUCUAUCAAACUUCACGGAUGGACACUCAAAACCAGCAAAAAUGUGGGGCUUCAACCUCUUUGUUCGAUCUUAUUUCUGUUUUUUAGACCAAAGAUCUGCCUUGUUGUACGUACAACAGAACCAAACAGAAGAACCAAUGGUGCAGGAGCUUGUAAAGUUGAAAAACUGGCAAUCUUUGCUUGACAUGUUGCUCCAAAUUAAGCCACAGGCAGAGAACAUGAAAAAGGCUCUAAUUAGUGAGGCCAUGGAUUGUGUGAUCAUUGAAAUAUUCGAUGUUUACAGCAGAAUAUGCAAAGGGAUUGCAAGUGUUCUCAUGAGGAUAUAUUCAGCUGGGAAACUUGAAGCAACCAUGGCAUUUAAGAUUCUUCAAAAGGAAAAAGUUCAAGGUGAGGCCCUUGCUAAAUAUUUUGAAUUUUGCAGGGAUUUCGGUGUCUUUAACGCUUUGGAAGUUCCUAAAGUCACACAAAUCCCAGAAGCAGAUAUUAAAGAUCUUGAGCGUAUAAUCAAUGGAGUUCCUGAAGCAACAGGUUACAAAAAUUCUACUAAUAAUGAGGAUAUUGAUAAUAAAGCAAUAGUGGUGAGAGAAGAUGUUGCCAAUAUUGUUAAAGGGAAAGAAGGAAACAGUCGAUUGAAGACAAUAAUAACAGACAAAUGGGAGGUUUUUGAGGAAGACGUGAACAUCAAUCAUCAAGCAAAUCAUGAAAUCUCUCAUUUUAGAGCAACUACUUCUUCCGCACAGAAUCCUCCAAAUUUUCUACCCAUUGUACCCGUUUAUCAACAACAAGAUAUACCAGAUUUUAUUAGUUUCUAUUAG